UUCCACCAGGACAGAUCGGAAUCACACUUUAGUGAAAGUGAAAGAAAAAUGAAAUACUUCAAAGUAAUCCUGACCAUAAGUCUGAGUGCUUUCUGCCUGGUGGGAGAGCUUGAGGGCCAUGGUAUGAUGUUGGAUCCCGUGGGAAGAUCUUCGCGAUGGCGCUACGACUCUUCUGCUCCCAAAAACUACGAAGAUAACGGAUUGUAUUGCGGUGGCUUUUGGAAACAAACCGAAAAUGGAGGACGCUGUGGACUCUGCGGCGAUGAUUGGAGUCUGGAACAGCCGCGACCCAACGAACUGGGUGGCAAAUACGGCAGUGGCAUCAUUGUGAGGACCUUUGCGGGCCUAACCGAGGCUGAAAUUAACGUAAAGAUCACGGCCAAUCACUUGGGCUACUUUAGCUUCAACAUCUGUAACCUGGAUGAAAAUGGCAGCGAAUCGGAGGAGUGCUUCAACAAGAUUCCCCUGAAGUUUUCCGAUGGAAAUCUCAAGUACAACAUCAACACCCGGACGGGGGAUAUUCCGGUGACUCUUCAGCUUCCCAGUGAUCUGAACUGCGGCCACUGUGUCCUCCGCUGGACCUACACGGCGGGCAACAACUGGGGCGUGUGUGAGGAUGGCACGGGAGCCAUGGGCUGUGGCGCUCAGGAGAACUUUGUGAAUUGCGCUGACAUUAGUGUCCUGUCUUCGGCCAGAAAUCUGAUCCAUGAGGUUCCAGUGGAAGUGGUUGAGGUUUAAGACUCCUAACCCUCAGUAUUCAUCGUGUGCCAAGGCGAACAAGACUUAGUUAAUCUCAUUAUAAAUUGUUCCUAUUAAAUUAUUAUACCCUUAAGAAUGGUGCUAAUAAAUGAUUGAAACAUCGA